ACCAUCACGACCCAUACACCAUGGCAACCUCCCCCAACCCAACCAAACAAUACCCAUCCACCCAAUUCGUCGAAAGCUGCGGCGCAAUCCUCUUCAACCUCUCCACCGCCCCCAAAACCGUUUGCCUAAUCCACUAUCACCCGAAAAACGAAUGGCUCCUCGCAAAGGGCCGUCGCAACUGCGGAGAAUCUCGACACGAAGCUGCCAUCCGCGAGGUCCGCGAGGAGACGGGGUAUAAAGCACGCCUUCACCCUGUCAGAAUGCAUACGCGUGCCCCUCCACUCGAUGAACGGGGACACGUGCCGGAUGAGCCUCGCGAGUAUGCGGAUCUGACGGAGCCGUUUAUGGUUACGAUGCGGGAGUUGGGUGGGGAUGGGGUUAAGAUUAUUUGGUGGUAUGUUGCGGCGCUGGAUGAGGGUGUUGUUCCUGAAUCUGGGGGGAGUGGAGGGGAGGAGGAGUUUACGGCUGAGUUUUUUCCGUUGGAGGAGGCAGUGGAGAGGUUAAGUUUUCGGAAUGAUCGUGAUGUUUUGCAGAGGGCUAUUUCUUUGGUUGAUUAAUCUGCUGGUGUCAAGUAUGUCCAGACAGUGGUCAUAUAGUUCAUAGAGCGAAGUGUGUAUAAGGGAGUUUCGUGACCAAAUUGGCCGUUUAUACAUUAUUUUGCACUGUCUUGUUAAAGAGCGCAAAGAGAUAUAUAAGAUAUCACAGUUUAUAUCACACCUAUAC